AUGUAUAGCGCAACGCUCCUUCAGGCUUUGUGCCUUCUUCCUCUAGUCGCAGGUCUCCCGUUCAACGAGCGAGUUGACCAAGUCCUCCGCUCUUAUGAUCUGACCUCAAGACUCAACUCUCGUAGUCCUAAACCUUCAAAACAUGGCGGCACCUACCAAACUCAAUUCACCGGCGUAACCUGGGACCAACGCAACUGGCGCCUCCAGAGUACUGUCCUGGACCAGGGCCACUACGAAUCCCGCGGUUCCAUCGCUAACGGCUACAUUGGCCUCAACGUCGCCGGCGCCGGUCCCUUUUUUGAGCUCGAUACCGCCGUCGACGGCGACGUCAUCAAUGGUUGGCCUCUGUUUUCGCGUCGACAGACCUUUGCCGGGCUGGCAGGCUUUUACGAUUUGCAGCCUACAACUAAUGGAUCGAAUUUCCCUUGGUUGGAUCAGUAUGGUGACGAUAGCGCCAUUAGCGGUGUACCCCAUUGGGGUGGAUUGGUCCUAGAUCUGGGUAAUGGGGAGUAUCUUGAUGCGACGGUGGAUAAUUCCACCAUUUCGGAUUAUUCGACUACCUAUGAUUAUAAAGCUGGUGUUUUGUCGUGGGAUUACAAAUGGACUCCGAAAAAUGUCAAUGGGUCGUUUGGGAUCAAGUACAAGAUUUUUGCGAAUAAGCUUGAUGUUAACCAGGCUGUGGUGCAAUUGAGUAUUACGCCGUCGGCGAAUGGAUCGGCAUCUGUGGUCAACGUCAUUGAUGGGUAUUCUGCUGUUCGCACGGAAUUUGUCUCGUCGGGGAAUGAGAGUGAUGCCAUCUACACCGCUGUUAAGCCUGUUGGCGUGAGCAAUGUUACUGCAUGGAUCUAUGCUGCCUUGGAUGGAGACGAUGCUUUUGAUUUCUCUUCCGCGACGCUUGUCAACGACAAGCCGUACGUGCAUCAGAACGACUCUUCUAUUGCGCAAUCCGUCAAUGUUACCUUUACUGCCGGUACUACUAUCACGAUCAACAAAUUCGUCGGCGCUGCUUCUACUGAUGCGUUCCCCGACCCUCAAAGCACCGCUAGAGAAGCCGCUCUAAAAGCUCGUCGCCGAGGCUUUGACGAUCUCUUCCGCUCUCACAUCUCCGAAUGGGCUCAAGUCAUGCCUGACGAUUCCGUCGAUGACUUCACGCUUGCAAAUGGCACUCUGCCCAAUGACACGUUCAUUAUCGAGUCCGCCGUUAUGGCCGUAGUCAAUCCUUAUUAUUUGCUGCAAAACACCGUUGGACCGAAUGCUCUUCGUCGGGUUGACAACGCCCCCGUCAAUGACUGGAGUAUCCCCGUCGGCGGUCUGACCUCGGAUUCUUACGCCGGACAAAUUUUCUGGGAUGCCGAUGUCUGGAUGCAGCCUGGCCUGGUCGCUGCGUUCCCAGAGUCCGCGAAGCGCAUCACCAACUACCGAGCAGCCAUUUAUUCGCAAGCUUUGGAAAAUGCAAAGACAGCGUACACCAGCUCGCAGAACCAGACUUCUUUCUCAUCUGAUGCUGCGAUUUUUUCCUGGACCAGUGGACGAUACGGCAACUGCACUGCUACCGGCCCAUGCUGGGAUUACGAGUAUCACUUGAACGGCGACAUUGGCAUCUCACUUGUCAAUCAGUGGGUUGUCAGCGGUGAUAACGAUACCUUCAAGAACACGCAUUUCCCAAUCUACAACUCUAUUGCCACUUUGUAUGGAGAUUUGUUGAAGAAGAAUGGAAGUUAUUACACGCUCACUAAUAUGACUGAUCCUGAUGAAUAUGCAAACAAUGUCGAUGCCGGUGGAUAUACCAUGACACUGAUUUCGCAGACCUUGUCAAACGCCAACGCAUUCCGGAAACAGUUUGGUAUGGACGAGAACUCAACUUGGACAGAUAUGGCAGACAACGUUCUUUUGAUUCGCGAGAACGAUGUGACCCUCGAGUACACAACCAUGAACAACAGCGUGGCUGUCAAAMAAGCCGAUGUGAUUCUGUCCACUUAUCCACUGGAUUAUACAAAAAACUACACCACCAGCGCCGCUCUGAACGAUCUAGACUACUACGCACUGAAACAAUCCCCCGCCGGUCCCGGCAUGACAUACGCCAUCUUCUCCAUCGUCGCCAACGACGUUUCCCCGUCUGGCUGCUCAGCAUACACCUACGCCCAAUACUCCUACGACCCAUACAUCCGCGGCCCAUUCUUCCAAUUCUCCGAACAACUGCUAGACGACUACACCGCUAACGGUGGCACGCACCCGGCCUUCCCAUUCUUGACGGGCCACGGAGGCGCAAACCAGGUUGUUCUGUACGGGUAUUUGGGUCUGAGGUUACUGCCCGACAAUGUGUUGCAUAUUGAUCCGAACCUACCACCGCAAAUCCCCAGUGUCAAAUAUCGCACAUUCUACUGGCGCGGAUGGCCUAUCCAAGCUGCUUCGAAUUACACGCACACCACCAUCCAACGUGCAAGGAGUGUCGCUCCAUUGUCAACCGCCGAUCAAACCUAUGCCAACAGAAGCAUUUCUGUGCAAGUCGGCCAGAAUACCGUCAAUUCGACAACCUAUUCCCUGCCUGCAAACGGAUCUGCAAUCGUCGUGCCCAACAGACAAAUCGGCUCCAUUAAUACCGUCGCUGGCAACAUCGCACAAUGCAAAUCCGUUCUGUCGACAGAUGCGUAUCAGCCAGGCCAAUACCCCAUCUCAGCAGUCGAUGGCGCGGCGUCAACGAAAUGGCAGCCCGAGUUUGCCGCGAACAUCAGCUCUUUGACCGUCGACCUGACCAGCAGCAACGCCAGUACUGUAUCCGGAUUCUAUUUCGACUGGGCACAAGCACCGCCUACCAACAUCACCGUCCUCCUCCACAACUCCUCAAGCGCCUCCCUAACCUCUUCAAAUUCCAAUGGUGGCAGCUCGACAGUAUCACUCAACGUAACAAUCUCGGAUCCCUACGACGCAUCGACGUACAACGCGAACGUUAUCACGUUAUCGUCUAGUAACACGACAAAUUAUACGUUCCCGGCGCCGGUGUCGAAGCCGAGGUAUGCGACUUUGUUUGUCCAGGGGAAUCAGGCGCUGGAUGAGACGGACUUGAAGGCUGGAAAUGGGACUGGGGCGACGGUUGCGGAGUGGGCGAUUUUGAGUUAG